AUGCUUCCCACCCUUGUCACCCUGCUCUUCCUCCAUCUCCAAUUUUCCCUUGCUCUAAGCCUCCAGAUCGGCAGCGUUCUUCCGAGACUCGUUAAGGAUGUUUCGUCCAGCAUCUUCGGUCACAGCGCCUAUGUCGACCAGAAAGUCGACCAGACUCCUCGCUCGUUUCUCAAUCAUGAGCAAUGGCAUCAGCGUCAUGCGGUCGCCUUCAUGAACGCCUCAUCAAUUGCAUAUAUGACACUCUCAUCUCCCACUGGAUUCGUGAGCACGAAGAGUCUGAGAUCAUCGCUAGCGUCAGCGUCAGCCUUCGCCAACUGCUCUAGCACCGCGAGUCUGGUGGUCUCAGCACUAUCGUCAGCGCCGGCCUCUACAAGUUAUUCGAGCACCAUGAGUCUGGCCCUACCAUUGUCCUCAGCGUCUGCCACUGCUCUCAAACCAACCAGUCUGGCUUCGCUCCUCGGUCACACAAAGGAUCUUAAGACAGACACAUUAGCACACUGGGACGAUCAAACCGAGUCAGCAUGCAGUACAGCUCUCAUCGCUCUACACGGCGUCGCUACGAAUCCAUCUGGCAUUGCAGCUUGCUACAACAUUCAGAGCCUUGACAACUCUACAGGCAUUUUCGAAGUCGAUCUACGGCUCUACCGCAUCUCUGCACCCAGCGAAGGAUGGGUGAAGCUCAAUCCUUCGAGCGUGGGUGUCGGACUGUCCUACGUCAAUGCAACUGUAUCUGCGACCAAAGCGAGGAAGUCCAAAAGGGAGGAUCAGACGCUUCCUUGGUUCCCUGCCCAGAGAGAUGAGGCUGCAGAUAUGUACAUCCGACGAUCUACUGGCGUUCCACCAAGAAGACUAGGAAGCAUGACUUUCGUGGGCACUGUAGAUGACGAUGGACCAUUAGCGGAGCUGAAGAACAUGACCACGGCGUUGUCACUCCUCACCCCAGCGAUUACACUCUCCGGCACUGAGCAGGAUGGCACCUCACUCAACACUCGGCUGUCAAGCCAAGACGCAUCCUUCGUCAACGGAGUCUUUGCAAGUACAAGGUCUGGAGGCUCCCAAUCAGCAACAGGGACGGAUGUCAACGAGUCCAUGCUGCCCGGCAUUAAGCUGGUCGGCUUCCCCAUAGGCCUUGUCAUCAGCAGUAUCUGGGCUGUGCUGUACUUGAUGACAAUGGGAUAUGGGACGAUCAGCAGGUAUCAAGCGAGGGAAUCAUACAGGCGAAGAGUCAAGAAGAGGUUCAGUGGUGAUACUAUUACCAAGAGGAGGAUGAGAUGGGCUUGA